UAUAUGUGUGGAUGGUUGAGUGAUGUUCCUACACCACUACACCACUCCUUAGACACAUAUAUGGAAAAUAGCUUCACUGUCUAGAUUCCAUGGCAUCAAGGAUGGGAAUGGUGGCUAUUAUGUCACUAUUUGUUUACGCUAUUGUUGUUCCAACGUCAGUUAAUGCUAAUGCGUGGCAGACUGAUGAUAAACCAGGUGUUAAUAGAAACAUGGAGAUGCAACAACAACAAGGUGGAUUUAUUGGCCAUCGUCCAAGACUUGCAUCUUUUAAUAGGGCAUCAAAUCAAGAGGGUGAUCGAAAAAGAACUGUGCCUAGCGGGCCAAACCACAAACAUAACAACAUCCCAUCGCAUACCCCUCAUCAUCCACCAUCAUAUGUCCAAGCUCUUUAUGAAGAUGAUAGAACUAUAACAUCUCCUGGUCCGUCCAAAUCGAUAGGCCCUCCACCAUUACCAGAUAGAUACUAGUUCAUGCAAAAGUAGUGAGUGUUUAUACACCUAUGCCAAUGAAUAACUUCUAACUACCCACAUGUACUGGCCUGGUGUUUGGUAAACAUGAAGCAAUAAUUUCCUCUUA